AUUCCGCAUCACCAUUACUUUGUUUUGUUCGCCAAAUCAAUUUGAAAAUUCUCUCAAAGAAUCCAUCUUCGAUAAUCUCUUACACCGAUUCGUCUAGCGAUCAUGGCCCAAACGGAUCUCAAUCUGCCGAAAUCGGAUAUGACAAAGGAGGAGAAAGAAAGAUUGAAGUACCUGGAAUUCGUGCAAGCUGCAGCUGUGGAAGCAGUGCUUCGCUUUGCUCUCAUUUACGCAAAGGCAAAGGACAAGUCUGGUCCUUUGAAACCAGGUGUUGAAUCCGUUGAAGGAGCUGUCAAGACUGUGGUCGGUCCUGUCUACCACAAAUACCACGAUGUCCCUGUCGAGGUCCUUAAAUACAUGGACCAGAAGGUUGACAUGUCUGUGACUGAGUUUGACCGCCGUGUCCCACCAGUGGUCAAACAAGUGUCUGCACAAGCCAUCUCAGCUGCUCAGAUAGCACCCAUUGUGGCCCGAGCUUUCGCCUCAGAGAUUCGACGUGCUGGCGUUGUGGAGACCGCUUCUGGGAUGGCUAAAUCCGUCUACUCCAAGUACGAGCCUGCCGCUAAGGAGUUGUAUGCAAGCUAUGAGCCAAAAGCAGAGCAAUGUGCUGUUUCGGCUUGGAAGAAGCUGAACCAGCUGCCUCUUUUCCCAAGGCUGGCUCAAGUCGCUGUACCAACAGCUGCUUUCUGCUCUGAGAAGUACAAUGACACUGUGGUGAAGGCUGCAGAGAAAGGCUACAGGGUCUCAUCUUACAUGCCGUUGGUUCCAACAGAGAGGAUCUCAAAGAUCUUCGCCGAGGAGAAUACUGAGACCGAGCGUUUGGAGUUCCAUCCACUUGAUUGAUGAUUUCAGUGUUUGGCAGUGUGCUUUUUGGUUUGGUUGGAAUUGAGGUGAACGGGAUCUUGGUUAGCGAGAGGUCCCUGGUUAUGGUUCUUUUGCUUUUUCGUUUUUUAAUUUCUUUUGGUUUCUUCGAAUUUUCGUUUCAUCAGAAAAAAAUGUACAAUUUAUGUUGGGAUUAUUGUAUAAAAUCUUUCUUUUAUUUGUUAAUACUAUUAUGGAUCACGUAAAACCGAAAAAA